CGGGAGUCGGGUCUCUGGGGUCCCGGGGAGCCUGAGCCGGGCCUGGCUGGGGACCGGGAGUCGCUGGCCGACCUAGUCGGCCCCACCGGGCGCCCCUUGCGCGCGGGGCCAGGACAGAGACUGUCGCCGAGGGGCGAAAAGCGAUCUUGUCUCUCCAUCCCUACUUCCCGUACUCUCGAUCGGCCCCCCCGAGAAAGAGAUUUUGAGGGAGAGGGAGCAGAGGGAUUGUCCUUCUCAUCGAGGUUCGGGGCUUGGCCCUCCGGCCUCGGGAGGACGGGUGCGGGGGAGGGCCGGGCACCCCCGCCUGCAGUCCCAGGAAGUGGACGGACCCUUCGCCGCCCUCAGAACUGAAGCUACAAGAUGGCUGACCAGGACCCUGGAGGCAUUAGCCUCCUCCAACAGAUGGUGGCAUCUGGCACUGGGGCCGUGGUCACCUCCCUCUUCAUGACCCCCCUGGAUGUGGUGAAGGUACGCUUGCAGUCUCAGCGCCCCUCGGUGGCCAGUGUGCCUUGUAUUUUAGAGCUGAUGUCUUCCUCCAGACUCUGGAGCCUCUCCUACGCCAAAUUGCCCUCCUCUCUCCAAUCCACAGGGAAAUGCCUCCUGUACUGCAAUGGUGUCCUAGAGCCCCUGUACCUGUGCCCAAAUGGUGCCCGCUGUGCCACCUGGUUUCAGGACCCCAGUCGCUUCACUGGCACCGUGGAUGCCUUUGUGAAGAUUGUGAGACAUGAGGGCACGAGGACCCUGUGGAGCGGCCUCCCAGCCACCCUGGUGAUGACUGUGCCGGCCACUGCCAUCUACUUCACCGCCUACGACCAACUCAAGGCCUUCCUGUGUGGUCAAGCCCUGACCUCUGAUCUCUACGCACCCAUGGUGGCUGGCGCACUGGCCCGCCUGGGCACCGUGAGCGUGAUCAGUCCCCUGGAGCUGGUGCGGACAAAGCUGCAGGCUCGGCAUUUGUCAUACCGGGAGCUGGGCACCUGCGUCCGAGCAGCUGUGGCUCAAGGCGGCUGGCGCUCACUGUGGCUGGGCUGGGGUCCCACUGCCCUUCGGGAUGUGCCCUUCUCAGCUCUGUACUGGUUCAACUAUGAGUUGGUGAAGAGCUGGCUGAGUGGGCUCGCGCCAAAGGACCAGACCUCCGUGGGCAUCAGCUUUGUGGCUGGCGGCAUCUCAGGGACGGUGGCGGCCAUCCUGACUCUACCCUUCGAUGUGGUGAAGACUCAGCGCCAGGUCGCGCUAGGAGCGGUGGAGGCUGUGAGAGUGACGCCCCCGCACGCGGACUCCACUUGGCUGCUGCUGCGGAGAAUCCGGGCCGAGUCGGGCACCAGGGGCCUCUUUGCAGGCUUCCUCCCAAGGAUCAUCAAGGCCGCCCCGUCCUGUGCCAUCAUGAUCAGCACUUAUGAGUUCGGCAAAAACUUCUUCCAGAGGCUCAACCAGGAACAGUUUCUGGGCCCUUGAAAGGAAUGAGGGGACGAGGACCCGACCUCAUCCGUGGUGGGAGUGGGGCAGGAGGAGACUGAGCCAAGUGCCUUUUCCUCAGCACUGUGGGGAGGGGCCUCAUUUCUCUUUCCUCCCCACUCUGAGCCCCAGGGGUAGGGGGCUGCCCCUCUGGGCCCACGCCGACCCCUCCUCUCUCAGACCACUUUCUUCCUGCUGCUCCCCAUUCCCCAGCCCCAGGAAUCAUCACGCCCUCCCCUCAAGUUCAAGACCAAAUUUGUUAACUUCUUCCUCAUUUCUUUCCCUGUGGGUUUGCUGUAGCUGGGCCUGCCCCCAGGAGCCGCAAAACCUUGUGCCCGGCAUAGUCUGCACCCACCCUUGUUAAUUCCUUGAGUCUAAAGAUGAUAAACUUCUUUCCACUGCC